AUGGUUGCUUACGAGCUCCUGCAUACUAUGCAAGCUAGGCAAAAAGGAAGAGAAGACAGCAUGGCUAUCAAGUUGGAUAUGUCAAAGGCAUAUGAUAGAGUGGGGUGGGGUUUUCUGCAAACAAUGCUAUCUAAGUUAGGUUUUGGUGACAAGUGGAGGAAGCUGGUUAUGGCAUGUGUAAAAUCUGUUUCCUACUCAGUAGUAGUGAAUGGGACCCCUGGAGACAUCAUAUGGCCUACAAGAGGCUUAAGGCAAAGGGACCCUCUUUCCCCUUACCUUUUCCUUCUCUGUGCAGAAGGAUUGAGUACCCUUUUGAAGGAAGCUGAAGCAAGAGGUCGUAUUAAAGGAGUAGCUGUCACCAGGGGGGGCAAAAGAAUCAAUCACCUUUUGUUUGCUGAUGAUUGUGUGAUGUUUUGUAGGUCUAAGAUAGAGGAAUGGACAGUCUUAGUCCACUUGCUAAAAUUCUAUGAGGAAGCAUAUGGACAGACCUUGAACAGACAAAAAACUUCCAUUCUAUUUAUCUCAAACACUAGUACUGAGGCAAAAGAAUACAUUGUCCAACAUGCUGAAGGUGUAGUGUGUGAUAAUUACAACAAGUAUCUAGGAUUGCCCACCAUGAUAGGAAAAUCCAAGUAUAACACAUUCAGAGGCCUAAAAGAAAAGAUAUGGAAAAGGAUUAAUAGCUGGAAGAACUCCUUUCUGUCUUCUGCAGGGAAGGAAGUCAUGAUCAAAAGUGUCUUGCAAGCCAUACCAGCAUACACAAUGAGUGUAUUCAAGAUGCCAAGUAUGCUUCUCAAAGAAAUUGAAUCUAUGAUUGCCAAAUUCUGGUGGAACCACAGAAAGGAAGGUAGGGGCAUUCAUUGGAAAAGUUGGAACAAACUUGGAGCAACAAAGGGUAAGGGGGGACUAGGAUUUCGAGACCUUAACUGUUUCAAUAAAGCUCUCUUAGCCAAGCUAGGGUGGAGAAUUUUACAAGAACCUGCUUCACUGGUGGCUCAAGUAUUCAAAGAAAAAUAUUUCAAGUCAAGCAACCUGAUGAAGGCACAAGUAGGCUACUGUCCAUCUCAAAUCUGGAGGAGCCUAAUGUCAGUAAUGGAUCUGGUAAAGACUGGGCUCGUGUGGAGAGUUGGCAACAGAAGGAGCAUUAGAGUGUGGAAAGACAAAUGGGUGCCUAUACCUUCUACAUUUCAAAUUCAAUCACUUAACAAGAUAUUGGACUGUAAUGUAACUGUUAGUGAGCUUAUUGAUGAUGAAAGCAAAACCUAG